AUGAAGAGAUACAACCUCUACUGUUCCAUCUUUGCAACGACCGGGUCUUUGAUAUACGGCUAUGACUCUGGUAUCAUCAGUACAACCCUCGGCCAAGAGGCCUUCCCGGCCUAUUUCAAUCACCCCUCGGACAACUUGACGGGGGCCAUUGUCUCGACCUACUCAGGAGGCCAAGGUAUCGGAAACUUGGUCGGAGGAUACCUCGGUGACAAGUUGGGUCGAAAGAGAACGAUAUGGAUGGCUUCAACUCUGGCCCUCAUUGGUGCUAUUCUACAAACAGCGGCGGUCAAUAUCGCCAUGUUUCUCGUCGGGAGAAUCAUCGCCGGUUUUGCAGUCGGGCUGGUCUACGCGGUGGCGUCAAUCUACAACGCUGAAAUCGCACCACCUAAGAUCCGUGGUGUCAUGGUUGCUAUGCAAACCCUGCUCAUUGCUGCUGGUUACGCCUCCGCCAACUGGGUUGGUGUCUUUGGUUCAUUUGCCAAAGGCAACGCUGCCUGGAGAAUUCCCCUGGGUAUUCAGUGUGUUCCUGCUGUCGUCCUCAUCAUCGGUCUGUUCUGGCUACCCGAGAGCCCGAGAUGGCUUAUUCAACGAGGCCGUGAUGCCGAGGCGCAUGUUAUUAUCAAGAAACUCCACGAUGACGAGUCCGGGGACGAGAGUUUCGCUGAACGAGAAUUCAACCAGAUGAAACAGCAGAUCGAGUACGAGAGGGAAGUGUCGAUCAAAUCGUGGACCCAGCUGUUCACCAAGCCGUCGAAUCGCAAACGGUUGGUCCUGGGUGUCUUGCUUCAAGUCUUUCUCCAAACCACCGGAGUCAACGUGGUCAACUACUACCAAACGCAGAUCUUUUCGCAGAUUGGAAUUCAUGGCCGUGAUGUUCUCUGGGUAUCUGCUGGAUUUGGUAUGGUCGGAGUCAUUUCCACAGCAAUCUGCAUGGCCUACAUCGACAAGACCGGCAGGAAGAAGCCGCUCGUGUACACCUCCAUGGCACUGACCGUCGACAUGGUUUUGCUCAUGGUGUUUUCGAAAUACUAUGCGAACAGCACCAACAAAGUUGGCCAAGGCUUUACCAUUGCCUGGAUUUUCAUCUUUUCCUUCAUCUUCUCGCUUGGUUAUCAUCCCAUCCAGCUGGUCUACAUUGCAGAAAUCUUCCCAACAGCGCUCAGAUCUCGCGCCACUGCCGUCUGCGCUUUCAUGGGCACUGGCACCGGUCUUCUCUUCAACCAGCUCUCUCCCAAGGCCUUUGCCCACAUCAGCUGGCGCUACUACGCUGUCUUUGUGGUGUGCGAUGCCGUUGCGGCGGCCACCUUUUUCCUCAUUUAUCCAGAAACGAAAGGCAAGACCUUGGAAGAAAUUGCCGAGAUUUUCGGUGACGAUGUCGCUUUCACCGAAUACAUCGGCACCGCUGGCACUGCCACCACAGUCGCACAGAAGGAAGCACAUCUUGAAACCGACACCGAUGUACAUCAGAUUGAGCAUUCUGUCAAGGAGAAAUAG